GUUUUGCAUCGGUUUGCAGAAAGCAUCCCCCUCCUCCUGUCCUGUUUGUUUCUGCAAGAACCUUGCUUCCCAGAAUGCUCGGCGAGGUUGACCACCAAGAUGGCUGACGCUAUGGAUGAUUAUGAGAAAGAAGCUGGUUGUGUCCCUAUUCUCCAUCCAGAGGAACUAAAGCCCCAGAGCCACUAUAACCAUGGCUACACCGAGACCGUGGCACGCAAGAGCCACGUGGACGACUACAGCACCUGGGACAUCGUCAAAGCCACACAGUACGGGAUCUUCGAGCGAUGCCGAGAGCUGGUUGAGGCGGGCUACGAUGUGCGUCAGCCGGACAAAGAGAACGUCACACUUCUGCACUGGGCGGCCAUCAACAACAGGAUAGACCUGGUCAAGUACUACAUAUCUAAAGGUGGUUUAGUUGACCAGCUUGGAGGUGACCUCAACUCCACACCAUUGCACUGGGCCACCAGACAGGGCCACCUCUCCAUGGUGGUGCAGUUGCUAAAGUAUGGGUCCGACCCCUCCCUCAUUGACGGGGAGGGCUGCAGCUGUGUUCACCUGGCGGCCCAGUUUGGACACACUUCUAUUGUGGCCUACCUCAUUGCCAAGGGCCAGGACGUAGACAUGAUGGAUCAGAAUGGCAUGACGCCCCUCAUGUGGGCAGCUUACAGGACACACAGUGUGGACCCCACCCGGCUGCUCCUGACCUUCAACGUGUCGGUGAACCUGGGGGACAAGUACCACAAGAACACGGCGCUCCACUGGGCCGUGCUGGCCGGCAACACCACAGUCAUCAGCCUCCUGCUGGAGGCCAACACCAACGUGGACGCCCAGAACAUCAAGGGGGAGACACCGCUUGACCUAGCGAAACAGAGGAAAAACGUCUGGAUGAUCAACCACUUACAGGAGGCCCGGCAAGCCAGGGGCUACGACAGCCCGUCAUACCUGAAGAGACUCAAGAUGGACAAGGAGUUCAGGCAGAAGGUGAUGCUGGGGACCCCCUUCCUGGUCAUCUGGCUGGUGGGCUUCAUUGCCAACCUGGACAUCGACUCCUGGCUCAUCAAGGGCCUCAUGUAUGCUGGGGUGUGGAUCGCUGUGCAGUUCCUCUCCAAGGCCUUCUUUGACCACUCCAUGCACAGUGCCCUGCCUCUGGGGAUCUACUUGGCCACAAAGUUCUGGAUGUACAUCACCUGGUUUUACUGGUUCUGGAAUGAUCUUCCUCUGGUCACUGUCCACCUCCCGUUCCUGCUCAACAGCGUGUUUCUCUUCUACAACUUCGGCAAGUCGUGGAAAUCCGACCCAGGCAUCAUCAAAGCCUCAGAGGAACAGAAGAAGAAGACAAUUGUUGAGCUGGCAGAAUCAGGAAGCCUAGACCUCAGCAUAUUCUGCAGCACCUGCUUGAUACGGAAGCCCAUCAGGUCCAAACACUGUGCUGUGUGCAACCGAUGCAUCGCUAAAUUUGACCAUCACUGUCCUUGGGUUGGCAACUGCGUGGGGAGUGGGAACCACCGUUACUUCAUGGGUUACUUGUUCUUCCUGCUGUGUAUGAUCUGCUGGAUGAUCUACGGCUGUAUUUGCUACUGGCGAAUCCACUGUGCCACCAACUACCACAGGGACGGCUUCUGGAUGUACAUCACGCAGAUCGCCUCCUGCUCGCCCUGGAUGUUCUGGAUGUUCCUCAACAGCGUGUUCCACUUAAUGUGGGUGGCCGUGCUCAUCAUGUGCCAGCUCUACCAGAUUGCCAUUCUCGGGAUCACCACAAAUGAAAGGAUGAACGCCAGGAGAUACAAGCACUUUAAAGUCACAGCGACAUCCAUCGAGAGCCCCUUCAAUCACGGGUGCAUGAGAAACCUCAUAGACUUCUUUGAGCUGCGCUGCUGCGGGCUGCUGCGGCCGUUGCAGGUGGACUGGACCAUGCAGUACACAAUAGAGUAUGACCAGACGUCCGGCUCAGGCUACCAGCUGGUGUGAUGCUGAAGAGAGAGAGAGUGAGAGCGAGAGAGAGAGAGAGAGAGAGAGAGAGAGAGAGAGAGAGCAGCGGGAUGCGUGGACGAGGGAAAGAGCAGGACUGCAGGAAGGAGGGAGGAAUCUGGGUUUUUUUUUUUUUUUUUUUUUUUCGUCGUUGUUGUUGUUUCCCCCCCUUUGUUUUUCAUGAUGUUAUGUCAUCCUCCUACAAGCAUAUCGGAGCGAGGCUGUAUCUAGAGAGCAGGGGAUGGAGAGACUCUGUGGUGUGUGUGUGUGUGUGUGUGUGUUUACAUGCACGUGUGUGUGUGUGUGUGUGUGUGUGUGUGUGUGUGUAUGGUGGGGAAGUGCUGGACCAUCUCUCUUCAUCAGAACAGAUGCAAGUUCUCCGCCUACUAGAAACUACCACGCAUGCUUUGUUCGUUUUAUUUGUCUUGGUUUUCUGCUCGGCGGGACCACCACCGGCAGCGGCUGCACCCUGAGUGGCGGCAGCAGCGCCCCAGUCCCCAGUCCCCCACCCGCUCCCCUCUCAUCCCAAACGCCACUGACGCGGCUGCAACAGCAUCAUCUCGACCUUCCCUCCCUCUCCGCCGCUCACCCAAAGACUGUGCCCUGACCAGAGGGCCGAAGCCACAGGAACAGAUGAAGGAGAGGCAGAUGAGGAAGAAGAGGGGGUCAAAUGAAAGGGAUCUUUACAGUUUUUUUUUUUUUUUUUUUUUUUUUUUUGUUUGUUGUUUUGCUUUCACCAUCCACCGGAUUAUGGAGCAUGACUAACAUUUAAGUGUUUGUAUGUUUGUCUUUAAUUAAUCCCUCAUUUUUUUUGUCAGUAGUUUUUUUUUUUUUUUUUUCAUUUUGUUUGGCCCUGGCAGUGUUUCGUUUCGUGUUUUGUCUAGUCUUUCUGAAUGCAGUCUUGGAACAGCGUUGUUCUUCAGGAGGGCCUCGUCUACGGGGGCCCCAGUCGAUAUGAACACAAGUGGGCUGGGAUGUUACUGAAAGGUUGAUCUUUUAGUCAGAUCAUUGCCGAUGGGAUUGUGAUGAAUAACCCUGCUCUGGUGACCCCACCCUCACCCCCACCCCAAGCCUUUCUCCACCACACUGUCCCCACAGUUUAGGUCAACCUUAGCUGUUUGUCCCUUUGGGGUGGGGUGGGGGGGGGGGGGUCUGACUUAUUAUGGGCUGUUUUUGUAUCAGUUACCGAGGCGCAAGGUGAGGUCUUCUCCAAGGCUUCUAUUAGCAGCCAUCUCCUGCUCCGAAAAUGUGAUGCAAGCAUAUUUAUUUUUUAAAGCUAUUUAUAGAGAAUUAUGUGGAAAGGAUUUUUCAUGGUACUGUUUGGUUCUUUUACCAGGAUGUCAUUUUUUUAGAUUUUCUUUUUUUUUGGUCCUCUUUAUUUUUUAUGAUGAUGACUUGGGGCUGUCUUGUUUUCUGGUUAAUUUUAUGCUCUCGUGCCCUCACAAUGUAACUAAGAACAAUUACACAUAUUGUACAGUUAAUAUUUAUUAAUAUAUGCUUAGUUUUAGGAACAGACAUAAGCAAUCCUCCAGCCCCCGUAUACAGAAGGGGUUGAGGCAGAUUCUUUUUGUGUUUCAAACGGUGGUCUCCAAACGGAAUUCCUCUCAGAUGGUUGUUUACAGGGUCCAUUGCGCUUUUCAUGAUCACUUCCCGCCAGCCAGACUUCAAAGGUUUGCUCUGUCCCUUGUUCUUUUAGUGGUAUGUUCUGUUAUCUCGUUUCAACCCUUGUUUUUUGUUUGUCUGCCUAAGACAAUGCACUGAUCACCUUUUGGUUUAUCUUGCGGUUACUGACCAGGAUUUUUUUUUUUUUUUUUUUUUUUUCCUCCUUCUCCCACCUGCUUCCGAGAAAUUCUACCAUGUUUACAAAGAGUGGGGAAUUGGUGUGUGUUUGGUGAGGGGUGGGGGGUUGUGUGUGUGUGUGCGUGUCAUUUUUCCCGUUCCACCCACCUCCCAGGAAUCUUGGUGGUCACUCCCUUCCGCCAAAGGACUUGGCUGCAGCCACCCGAAAGAACUAUGAAAUACUACGAAUGUGCAUCUGUACAUAGUCAAUGAUAUAGUUACUACUCUCUCUGUCUGUGAGUGAGUGACCUUUUUUUUUGUUUUUUUUCAGUGUUAGUUCAAGCUGCUCUUUUUUAUAUGAUUUCACCCUACCAAAAAGAGAAAGGAAAAACAAAAAAAAAAACCUAACAAAAAAUCAACUUAUAAUCUUAUAAGUGUAUGACUGUAGCUUUUAGUGAUGUCCGACACUGCUGUCUAUAGGCAUUUUAACCUGCAAAAAAAAAUAAAACGACAAAAACGAACGAAAAAUCGUCAAAAAAGAUUUGAAACUGCAUGUGAGAUGGUUGGACAUGGAGGCCGUCAGCACACCGAUGCCCAAGGCCAUCUCUCCCUGUCACAACAGCCCAGCGACCCCUUUGUCUGUAAAUAGUGAAUGUUCAGUAUUUUGCAAGUACGUUUGUUUGUUUUUGUUUUUCAUUACGUUUUCUCUUCCAUGUUUGGGAAUCCCAGUGUGUGUAUCUUUUAGUGCAAGUUGUCAUCGAGCCACAGGUGGCAGAUACUGAUCAGUCAGAACCUUGUGACCGAGUUGUAAUAUAUUUGAAUGUUCCAUACUUGUCGAUAAAGGUCGAAACAAAAUGGUUUCUUUUUUUUUUUUACGUCACAUUUGCUGGGUUUGUUAGACCACUGGAUGUACAAAUUGUAAAGCAAGAUGCAAGAGAAAUGGUGAACACAGGCAAAUAUUUUUUUGUUCAUUUCCGCAGAGUCCUAACAUUAAGUCUUACCCAAAGUAACACUCAAAAUGAAACGAUCCCAGCUUUUUGCUAAAUCUUAACGUUUGCAUCAGUAGUAAGGGAGGCAUUGUACCCGAAACAGAAGGCCACAUCCUCUUGCUGUCUAUCUAGAAAUGAACACCACUUUGUAUUUCUCUUUCUGUCGUUCUCUCUGUUCCACCAUAUUAACAGACCUCUGGUCUGGUCCUAAACCUGCCUGGACCAGUGGCAUCCUCCGUUUCGUCCAACAGACUCCUCUGCUUGGCCCCCUGACGUCUCCCCUGCCCACCCCCACCAUGUGGAAAAAGCACAUGACCAUGGACAGUGCCUCUGCACCUUUCUUCAGGACAUCACUGUAAACUUUGCUUCAGAUGUAAACAUAUUGGGCAUGGUUCAAUUUUAAUGGCUUUAAUAAAAAAAACGACAAAACA